AAAAUCACUUCAUUGCUCGAAAAUGACUUUGAUGUUUCCUCUUUGUGUGACCUUCCUCAUAAGUUUGCCGCAGAUGGAUGCUCAGUCCUCCAAGAAAGGAAAAGGUACGAUUGAUAAGCAGGUGAAUUGUAUUUAUCACAAUAUGGAGUACGUAAGCUGCACAUGGAAAUUGAAGGAAGGACCUGCUCAUGGUGUCAAUAGCACAUUUUAUUAUGGGUUUGCAAAGUCUGACUUCCACAAAAAAUUAUGCAGCUUGAAUAAACAGAACCAAAGUUGUGAAUUGAGAAAGAGAAAGAAAGCACACAAGUGGCUAUGGUUAUAUAUAACAACUUUGAACAAUUUCACAUUGCUGGCAGUGAACAGCUUCCGACUUCAAAACCAUGGACCACAUAGAUUGAUAAAUGAAGAAACAAACACAUCCAAUCUGAAUUGUACAUAUUAUGAUAAUGGAAAUCUCAAUUGUAUGUGGGCACAAGACAAUGAUACAGUGUAUCAUAGCGAAUAUGAAGUUAAUUACAUGCUCUCAGAAACACCCUUGCAAAUGAAACAAUGCAAUGGAUAUUUGCAGACUCAAGGAUUCAAUGGCAGCUGCCUUUUAUUUGAGGAUUCAAACGUUUUUACAUCCAACUGGUUCUAUGUAUACAUCAUUGAUUCCAACAAUUACACCAUUGUGAAACCGCACACAUUUGUGCUUGUGGAAGAAGUUAAACUGAGUCCACCCCACAAUCUGAGUGCUAAACUUAUUGGAAAGGAGACGAUUUUGUUGACUUGGAAUUUACCAACAAACCAGAAACGAGAGUGGCUUCAGUAUGCGAUGAGAUACAAAAGCAACAUGGAUCCAAAUUGGAAGGUUGAAGAAUUUCAAAGACAAUCAUUUAAAUUGACAAGUGUUGAUCCGACAAAGUACUACACUUUUCAUUUAAGGUCCCGGUUGAAUCAUAUGUAUGCACAGAAAUGUUACUGGAGUGAAUGGGGACCCAUGCUUAUUUGGAGGCAAACAAUUGUAGCAGACCCACCAAGGUUCAAUUCCUUUAUUAUGAUUUUAGUACUGGCUGCAGUUCUGGGCAUUGUCAUAGUUGGAUGCGUGUUGUAUAAAGUGAAGAGAGUAAAUACUCAUAUUAUACCAGGAAUACCAGACCCAAAGCAUUCAUUUGUGGAGCUCUUUGAGGACUACAAUGGAAACUUCCAGGAGUGGAUUGGUGUAUCUAAGUAUCUAACGACAGAUUCGCGAUCUGAGUGUAUUCCAGUGGAAUGCCAAAUUGAAGAGGAACCAGAGAAGCUGAAAUUAAAGCAGGAGGACUCUCAACUGCCUCCAUUAGACAAGAUUGGGAUGAGUGAUUCAGUCUUUGAAAGCAUUAAUGAGGACAAGGAAAAGUCUGUUAAUGAUGCAGCAAAUUCACAAUUACUGGCUCCAGAGAAUGCAGUGAUCGAUAUGUCCAAGGUGAUUGUGGAUGAAAAUAUGUAUGUAAGACUAUGA